UUUUGCUCUCGCGCGCGUACACACACACACACACACAUCUGUACUUGCGAAGGAAUGCUUAUAUCCAUCACUCAGCUGUUUCGUCGUCUUCAUCCUUAGAUUCGCUUUUUCUACCUCCAUUAGGUUGAUUUGGAGUAUCAACAAAUCAGUUACAUCUAUAUUUGUGGUUUUUGCUUAUGUUAUUCAUCGUUGGUGCAUCAUGUCCAACAAUUUGGUUUCUGAGCACCCAAUCUCAGCCGAUCAAAGUGGUCUGUUAGAGUCAUUCUCCAGCUCUGGGUUCGGUACUCCAAUGAUGUCUAAUAAUAUGUUGGGCCAUAAUGAAUCUUCAGGUGUUAGUAUGGGAUCAAACCCAGUUUGGACGUCAAACCAUAUAGGUCCCAAGCAUGCAAGUUCGCCGAAAAGCAUAGCUGCACAGAAGGCUUAAUUCCCAUUUAAACGGAAGGCUGAGGCAGAACCUUUGGCAAACAGUGCUACUUCUCAGCAGUUGGCACAGCCUCACAAGCGGCCAGCACAUGUGGGAUCUGAUGCUAAUUUCCCUGGAUUUAUGCAGCCUUCAGCACAUCAAAAUAAAACUGCACAAUCACAGUCUCGAUUGAGCUCUCCAGUUACAACUGCUCAACCUAUCAAGAAAAUGAUGCGGAAUGACUCCAUGUCUGGCAAGUCUGGCUUACAACAGCGGGGGCAAACUGGAAAGAGGCAAACUGCUCAAAUCAAAUCAGCAUCCAAGGCUCAUUUGGAUUCAUCAGGAUGAGUAAGGUCCAAAAUGAGGGAAUCUUUGGCUGCAGCAUUGGCUUUGGCUUGUCAGAACCAGGCGAAUGCAUUGCUAACUGAGAGAAACCAGAGGGAUACGGAUAAUCCCAUGGACUCCCGGGAUUCUCAUUUCUCCAGUUCUAGUGAGGGUGGUCAGGUUCCUGUUUCUCGUUCUGCAGAAGUUUUCCCUUCAAAUGAAUUGACUACACUUAACAAAACCAGUGGUUCUAAGGUGUUGCAGUACAGUUUACCUGAUGAGGAUGUUCCAUUUUGCGAAAACUUCUUUGCUAAAGAUGAUCUUUUGCAGGGCAAUGAGAUUUCUUGGGCAUUUAAUUUUGAUAUGCAUAUGGAAGAGGGUAAGGAAAGUCAGCAUACUGAAAAGUCUUUGAAAGAGGAUGCUCUAGGGCACAAAGAAGGGGUUGAAACUUUGACACCAGAAGACUUGGCUUUUAAAAUUGAAGCUGAGCUGUUUAAAUUAUUUGGUGAUGUGAACAAAAAAUAUAGAGAGAAAGGCAGGUCUCUUUUGUUCAACCUCAAAGAUCGUAACAAUCUGGAACUGAGAGAAAGAGUCAUGUCUGGCAAAAUAUCUCCGGAAAGGUUAUGCUCAAUGUCAGCUGAAGAGCUUGCUUCUAAGGAGUUAACAGAGUGGCGUAUGGCAAAAGCAGAAGAGUUGGCACAGAUGAAAGUUUUACCUGAUACUGAGGUUGAUAUAAAACGUUUGGUCAGGAAAACACACAAGGGUGAGUUUCAGGUAGAGGUGGAGCAUGAUGAUCUCAUUGCUGCAGAGGUAUCUGCUGGGAGUUCUUUUUUAACACGACCUCACAGGAAAAAGGCUGUCGAGUUUCAAUCUCCUUCCGGGGCUAGUGAUAAAGAUAAAGAGAAGGUUGCAGGCCAAGCGAGCAGUUCAGAAGGCCAGGAUUUCUCGGGCAGCCUGAUUUUUCAGACAGAUGAAACUGAUCCAAUGCAAGGAAUGAUGGUGGAUGAACUGAAGGAUGCUGACUUGCCACCAAUCGUUUCGUUAGAUGAGUUUAUGGAGUCCCUUAAUACAGAACCUCCAUUUGAGGAUCUAUCUGGAGAUGCAGGGAAGAAGUCUCCUGUACCAUAUGAUCCAUCUAGAGAAAGCCCAAAACGUUCUAGCAACCUUAGGGCUUCUAAUCAAGCGUCAGAUGUACAUAAAGAUGCUAGCGCCAAAGAGGCUUCUUUUGUCAAGAAACCUGACAUGAUGAAGGAUUUGAGUGUUAGUCCUGUGAAAGAAACAGUUUGUCCUAGUUAUGUACGGAAUGCUGAUUUGGUCUGGAAUGGUCUCCUUCAGCUCAACACAUCAUCCUCUGUCACAGUUGGUGGGCUGUUUUACAGUGGUGAGAAGACAUCAACAAAGGAAUGUCCUGCCUCUCUUGAGAUCAAGGGCAGAGUUAGACUCGAUGCAUUUGAAAAAUUUAUCCAAGAACUCCCCAUGUCGCGAACACGUGCAGUCAUGGUUCUCCACUUCAUUUUGAGGGACAAAUCAUCCGAGGAGCAGCGUUCUAACCUCUCUCAGGCUGUGAAAAAACACAGCUUGAAAAAGCAACCCUUUGGUGCCCCCACUAAUACCCUAACUAGGAAACCCCAGCAGCCACCGCUGGGCCAGGACGAAGACAAUGACAUCCCGCCCGGGUUCGGCCCCGGUGUGGCAGCGAAGGACGGCCAUGAUUUACCUGAAUUCAACUUCUCCUCCAGUCACUUCACUUCUCGAAAAGGGCUACAAGACCGGUUGAGGAUGGGAGAGCUUAUCAAGAGAUAUGGGCAAGAGAUAUAGUAUUAAUACAUGGCAUCAUUUUAUACCAUCUUUAAAUCCUACUCCUAUCACCU